CCCGCUUCUGCGCACCUCGACCCGGCCUAAACCACCUGCAUCAACCCGCUUUCCCUCCUCGUAACACAAGACAGCAUGUCGGAGUACAACUCAGUGCCGCCACCCGGGGCUGGAGCAUCGCUCGGAGCCGGCGGCGGAAUCAAGAAAGACGCCUUCGCAGACGCAGUACAGCGAGCCCGGCAGAUUGCAGCAAAAAUCGGAGGAGAUGUCGGAGGUGUUGGAGGUGUCGGAGGAGCCCAGCUUAACAACAGCAGUGCCGGCGAAAGCUACCCCUUUGCCGCUCAGAAACGUCAGCUGGAAGAUGCAGAACAACCAGACAGCAAGAAACUGGCCUCCCAGAGUGACCGGGAUUCGGCCACCAGUAUGUCAAUCGGAGCCACACUUGCUGCCAUGUCCCAGAGACCAGCAACCAUCACAGAGGAGUACAGAGUGCCAGACAGCAUGGUGGGACUUAUCAUUGGCAGAGGAGGAGAACAGAUCAACAAGAUCCAGCAGGAUUCAGGCUGCAAAGUCCAGAUUGCCCCGGACAGCGGCGGGCUUCCUGACCGGAGCGUUUCUCUCACCGGAUCACAUGACUCAAUACAGAAGGCCAAGAUGUUCUUGGAUGAGAUAGUGUCGCGGGGCAGGGGCACACCCCCCUCGUCCUUCCACGAGUCGACCAACGGCCAGAGCGGGUCGAUGCAGGAGAUGAUGAUCCCCGCGGGCAAGGCCGGGCUGAUCAUCGGCAAAGGAGGGGAGACCAUCAAACAGCUGCAGGAGCGAGCUGGAGUGAAGAUGAUUCUCAUCCAGGAUGGUUCUCAAGGACCUAACAUGGACAAGCCCUUGCGCAUUAUUGGAGAGCCCUACAAAGUACAGCAAGCCCGCGAGCUGGUGCAAGAGAUCCUGCGGGAGAGGGAUCACCCCGGAUUCGGGGACCGGAACGAGUACGGGUCGCGCAUGGGAGGGGGCAUGGAUGUCCCAGUCCCCCGCCAUUCUGUGGGAGUUGUGAUUGGUCGAAAUGGAGAGAUGAUCAAGAAGAUUCAGAACGACGCUGGAGUCAGGAUACAGUUCAAGCCAGAUGACGGAGUGGGACCCGAUAAAAUAGCCCACAUCAUGGGCCCCCCUGACCGCUGUGAACACGCCGCCAGCAUCAUCAACGACCUGCUGCAGAGCAUCCGGGUUCGAGAGGAAGGCCAGGGGGGUCCCCCAGGGCCGCCAGGUGCAGGAAUGCCCCCUGGGCGGGGCAGAGGGCGUGGUCAGGGUAACUGGGGUCCGCCGGGCGGAGAGGUGACCUUCUCCAUCCCCAGCCACAAGUGUGGCCUGGUCAUUGGCCGUGGGGGCGAGAACGUCAAGGCCAUCAACCAGCAGACGGGGGCGUUUGUGGAGAUCUCCCGCCAGCCCCCUCCCAAUGGGGACCCCAACUUCAAGCUCUUUGUCAUCCGUGGCACCCCACAGCAGAUCGACCACGCCAAGGCGCUGAUCGAGGAUAAGAUCGAGGGUCCGCUGUGUCCGGUGGGUCCAGGCCCUGGUGGUCCUGGUCCUUCGGGUCCGAUGGGCCCCUACAAUCCCAACCCGUACAACCAGGGGCCCCCAGGAGGCCCUCCCCAUGGCGGUCCCCCUGGCGGGCAUCAGUACCCCCCUCAAGGCUGGGGUAACGCAUACCAGCAGUGGCAGCCGCCCGGACCUCACGACCCCAGCAAGGCUGCGGCAGCAGACCCCAACGCAGCCUGGGCAGCUUACUAUGCGCAAUACUACCAGCAGCCAGGGGGCGCCAUGCCAGGACAGGCCCCCUCUGCCCCCGCCGGUACCCCAGCACCUGCUGACCAAUCCCAGGCUGGCCAGACCCCAGGGGGCCAACCCGAUUACACCAAGGCAUGGGAGGAGUACUACAAGAAAAUGGCCCAAGCUGGUGGCACAGCAGCAGCCCCAGCUUCCACAGGAGCCCAGACUGACUACAGCGCUGCGUGGGCCGAGUACUACAGACAGCAGGCUGCUUACUACGGUCAGCCAGGACAAACACCAGGACAGCCAGCCGCCCCACAGCAAGGACAGCAGACGCAGUGAAACUUGGAUUGGACUUUAAAUUAGAAGACUCCAUUCUGCAAACCCAGCCAGCUAUCUGGACUUUUUAAAAACAUUUUUAGUUUUUUUUUUUUUUUUUUUUUUUCCUUCCCCCA